CACCAUGGCGCUGCGCGCCCGGGCGCUGUACGACUUCAGGUCGGAGAACCCGGGCGAGAUCUCGCUGCGGGAGCACGAGCUGCUGAGCCUGUGCAGCGAGCAGGACAUCGAGGGCUGGCUCGAGGGCAUCAACAGCCGCGGCGACCGGGGCCUCUUCCCGGCCUCGUACGUGCAGGUGAUCCGCGCCCCCGAGCCCGGCCCGGCGGGCGACGGGGCCCCCGCCGGCCCGGCCCGCUACGCCAACGUGCCGCCCGGGGGGUUCGAGCCCGCGCCCGCGCCCGCCGCGCCGCCCGCCGCCUUCGCGCCGCCGCCGAGCACCUUCCAGCCGCCGCCCGGCGCGGGCUUCCCGUUCGGCGGGGCCGCCCCGCAGCCGUCGCCGCAGCCGCCCUACGGCGGCUACCAGGCCAGCCAGGGCAGCGACGACGACUGGGACGACGAGUGGGACGACAGCUCCACCGUGGCCGACGAGCCCGGCGCGCUGGGCGGCGGCGCCUACCCGGACCUCGACGGCGCGGCCGGCCGCUACCGCCUGUCCACGCGCUCCGAGCUGUCGCUGGGCUCGCGGGGCGGCGCCGCGCCGCCGCCCCACGCCCACCAGCAGCACCCCCCGGCCGGGGGCGCCAAGAGCUCGGCCACGGUGAGCCGCAACCUCAACCGCUUCUCCACCUUCGUCAAGUCCGGCGGCGAGGCCUUCGUGCUGGGCGAGGCGUCGGGCUUCGUGAAGGACGGCGACAAGCUGUGCGUGGUGCUGGGCCCCUACGGGCCCGAGUGGCAGGAGAACCCCUACCCCUUCCAGUGCACCAUCGACGACCCCACCAAGCAGACCAAGUUCAAGGGCAUGAAGAGCUACAUCUCCUACAAGCUGGUGCCCACGCACACGCAGGUGCCCGUGCACCGGCGCUACAAGCACUUCGACUGGCUGUACGCGCGCCUGGCCGAGAAGUUCCCGGUCAUCUCGGUGCCCCACCUGCCCGAGAAGCAGGCCACGGGCCGCUUCGAGGAGGACUUCAUCUCCAAGCGCCGCAAGGGCCUCCUCUGGUGGAUGAACCACAUGGCCAGCCACCCGGUGCUGGCGCAGUGCGACGUCUUCCAGCACUUCCUCACGUGCCCCAGCGGCACCGACGAGAAGGCCUGGAAGCAGGGCAAGCGCAAGGCCGAGAAGGACGAGAUGGUGGGCGCCAACUUCUUCCUGACGCUCAGCACGCCGCCCGCCGCCGCCCUCGACCUGCAGGAGGUGGAGAGCAGGAUCGACGGCUUCAAGAGCUUCACCAAGAAGAUGGACGACAGCGCGCUGCAGCUCAACCACACGGCCAACGAGUUCGCGCGCAAGCAGGUGACGGGCUUCAAGAAGGAGUACCAGAAGGUGGGCCAGUCCUUCCGCGGCCUCAGCCAGGCCUUCGAGCUGGACCAGCAGGCCUUCUCGGCCGGCCUGAACCAGGCCAUCGCCUUCACCGGGGACGCCUACGACGCCAUCGGCGAGCUCUUCGCCGACCAGCCCAGGCAGGACCUGGACCCCGUCAUGGACCUGUUGGCGCUCUACCAGGGCCACCUGGCCAACUUCCCGGACAUCAUCCACGUGCAGAAAGGAGCUCUUACCAAAGUAAAGGAGAGUAGGCGACACGUGGAAGAAGGGAAGAUGGAGGUCCAAAAGGCUGAUGGCAUUCAAGAUCGUUGUAACACUAUUUCUUUUGCCACUUUGGCUGAAAUUCACCACUUCCAUCAGAUUCGAGUCAGAGACUUUAAAUCACAGAUGCAGCAUUUCUUACAACAACAGAUAAUAUUUUUCCAAAAAGUGACCCAGAAGUUGGAAGAAGCUCUUCACAAAUACGAUAGUGUUUAAUGACUGGACAUUGGAUUGUGCACUUUUUUUUUUUCAGUUCAUGGAUAAUUUCUCCAGCAGAAUACAGACUGCUAUCAAAGAGCUAUUGCCAACUAUCAGUGGUGGUACAAGGAUGGUUUUGUGUUCAACUGAAACUCUGCUGAAUAUAUAAUUAUGUAGGAAAGAAACAGUUAAUAUGGUUAUGUAAUAGAAACAGUACCACACAUUGUAACUAAAUUAUACUAUGUAUGCCUACACUACCAUUGUAACUUUUGGAAUAAUGAGUAUACUAUUUGCCUUAUUGCUUUUUUGAAGUAUGGGUAUUUUAGUGCAUACUUUGUAGACCUCAAAAACCCAUGAAGGGUCUCAAAGAAGCUGGCUGGAUAAAAGCCUGCUGUGGAUGCCUUUUUUACUCUCAUAGAUUGGGAUUGCCGAAAUUCAACCUAUUCUCUGUUUACAAACUCCAACUAGAGCAGCUAUGCGACUUUGUGCCUUUAGACUCUUGGUUUUUCAUUUCAUCCACUCUUCCCCACCCAGCCUUAUUCCUCCCCUCCCCCGCCCUCACCUGUUUAGAAUAACCACACAUGUUCUGAUCGGAAGAGAGAAAGGCCGUGCAUAUAACGACAUGCUGCUGGUCGUCUCAUACUGGGGAUGGACGGUGUGGGGGCAGGAUUAGCUGUCAUCAGUUGGCACUGCAAGUCCUGGACUUGAGUCUUGCUGGGAGCGUAGCGGAGGGAUCCUCAAUGCUCAUCUUUGGGUAUGGAGUCUGUUAGGGGAGAAAAUGGUGCACACUUUUCCCAUAGAUGUAACAGUAGCAUAGCCCUUCACUCAAGUGUCCUGGGAACUUGGCGUGGAGAUUGAGAACAUGUCUUACAACACAGAGAAGGAGGAGUCUGGUCAGCAGGGGACACAAGCACAGAAUCGGUGACGACACACUAGGUUUUAUUUCUUAGGAAGGUUUUGUUUUAGCUUGAAUAUUUUCUUUUCAUUUCCAGUGUGAUUUCGUUCUUUUUUUUUUUAAUGGAUCUACACUGUUAACUGAUGGAGACUCCACUGUGAUUCACUCGUUUACUUAAUCAAAACUUUUCAGGGAUGUCUGUAAAAUUCAGUGUUAUACAUGAUGAGUAGUGUUGGUUGAGCUAAGGAGGGACCAGAAAUAAUUUCUACUAUUCCACAUGUUGGAGAGGAAAAAAAAUAAUUUUUUAAAAAAGUAUUGAUAAGCCCCUGGGACAUUUAUUCUUAAAAUUAGUUUAAAUAUAUUCUUUUACUGGUAAAAGGGAAAAAAAACACAAAUGGCUGAUACAUACCAAAAAGAUUCAGAAACAGCUUAAUUUUAAAAGCACAAAGAGGUUCUGGUUUGUAAUGCCAAAAUCUCAUGUUUUUGUUGUUGUUUUUUUUAUAGUUGCUGAGCUGAAUAAUGUGAUUCUUGCGUUUACAGAUUGAAAAUUGUCACUGAAAGGUUUAAGUAUCUGCUGUUCUUAUGAAGUCAGAUCAAUACUGCCUCAGAAAUCCCUGGGUAUUGAAAUGGUAACAUGGAAGUAAGGAGGCCAGUUAAAAAUAUCAGUGAGUCACAUUGAUGAACGAACAGGAUUGAUAGAAAGAGGGUACCAAAUAGCACAUUUACUCAAAAAAAGUGAUUGCAAUUAGUCAAAUUUUUGACCUCAGACUAUCACAGUUUUGAUCAAAAUUUUGUACCUUACUUAGAGCCAGAUUUAAAUCAUGUCCUUUGUCUUUACUGUGGACACUUGGAAAAGUAACCAUAUUGUUCUCUAAAUGCUAAACAUAGUUCUAUUUACAAAAUUCAUAUAUGUGUAAAAGCUCAUUUUAUUGCAGAAGUUUGGAGAUUAUAAUUAUUGUAUUUGAGUCUUUAUUGGACAAAUAAGCACCAUGCUUUUCAAAGCAUUUGAAAGUCAGUUAUUAGCCUUUUUUUUUAUGAUGUUUGAUUUUGUUUUAAAGCAAAAUCAGUAACUUAGGCAAUGGUAGCAUGGAAGUUAUUUGAGGUGUCUUGUAUGAUUGUGCUUUAGCCAGGGUGGACAGAGCUUAAAUUAUUAAAGGACUAAAGAUUCAAGUACAAGGAAGUGUAAGUUCAUGCUGCCUGCUAUAGGGGAACUUUUUGUUCUUCAUAUCUACAUAACAUUAUAAGCCACGGAUUCUUAGGAGGUUAAAAUUAAUUCUGGGUGUAAGACACCGGAUUUUUUAGUGUUCGUUUUCACCUAAGAACUUUAUUUCUCUAACGUUCUUGGUCCUAUUGAGACAUUUCAGUAUAUUAAAAUACUGCAAUGUUAAUACCCAAGAGAAAAAGCCAUCAUAAUGUGUAUGCUGGUCAUCAUGAUCAGUGUGGUACAGUUUUUAAAAAUAAACUCUCAUGCCCUUCAUACCAUUAUUUGUCUUUAUUUCUAGAAUUUAUCAUUCUGAAAUGUAUUUAUAAUGUGAGGGCGUGCCCUUGAGCUGGGUUUGCUGUUUUAAUCACCGGUGAAGUUGUUUCUGUGUUGUAACUAGAAGGCAGGGAGAUGGCUUCUGCAGCUGGGCAUUGUAACCCAUUGCACUUCUAGGCUGUUGUUUAUGAAGGUACAGUUUAAAUCCAGAAUAAGGGCCCACAUUUGAAGGCGAAACAUAAGGUUGGUGCAUGUUGGCUUGAAUAAAGUAGCUGGGAUUUUCUGGAGCUUCACUGAUAAAAUUGUCUUCUGUUUAUUCAUGACAAUGCAGCAGAAUCUUAAAUGCCUGUUUUAAUGGUCUUACAGUUUGCUGCUGUUCUCGUCAUUAAGGACUUGGAAAGUGUUUUAGUUGCUGAAGUCAAACAUGUAAGGUUUAUGUGUAAGCCCUUAAAUAUCAUUCUUUACUAAGUUCAUUACGUUAGUCAUUUUCCCCCAUUUGUGUCUUCAUUUCUUCAUAAUCAAAUACUGUGUCCGAUAGCGUUAACCAGUUUUCUCAUUUCUGACUUUAUUGUUGGCUAACAGAAUAAGUAAAACAGGGUAUUAUUUAUUUAUAGACUAGAAAUGUGGACUAUUAUUUUAUUUCCUCCAGAAUGUUAUGACUAGUGCAGAUCAGCCAUGUUUAUCUUUUAAAAAAAUAAACAAAGGUUUAUUCUCAGA